AUGGGGAGCAGUCCCACCAAUCAUUCAAAGCCUUCAAACGGCAAUGAAGUCAAAGAAGAAGUGUUAAAAUCACAAAGAAAAAAAUCCUCAAUCAUAGGAGUCUUAGGAACAAAGCUCAUCCAGAAAAAUGAAACAAAACAUCAAAGCCAAGAUAACCCUUUUAAAUUUUCAAGAUCUCAGACUCAAAAUAAUUUGGACUCUGAGGCUUUCCACAGAUCUAAAACGAAGAUUGAGACAGAAACAGGAGGAAUCUGUCCCAAAUGCUUGACAAAAUUUCCAUGCAUACACACUAGCUUCGAAAAUUUUAAAAAUGCUCUACAUUCACUAAGUCCACAGCCAGCUGAAGAGUCGCCAAAAUAUUCAUAUAGACGCUCCUAUACAAAUAAAGCAGUUUUCAAAGAGCCAAUGUGUAUAACACUAGAACAAUACAAUGCCAAUUUAACCAAAUCGAAAACUAUGCUAAAACUUCCUGAAAUUGCAUCUCCAAGAUUGAGAAAUCAGAAGGGAAAUAUUUAUGAAAAAAUUGAAGAUGAAAUAAAAAGAAAUAAAAGAUAUGAUCAUAUAAAAGACAAAAAGGAAAAAGACUAUGAAAAAAUCCUCGAAGAAAUUGUUGUUGAGGAAAAUUUUAGAAAAGAUACAAUCAAGAGGCUGGAAACCAUGAAUUUUAAUUCAGAGAAAAAAUUAAAGGUUUUAGAAGGAAAAAUCGCCAGGAAUAAUGAUCGCUUGAGAAGUAAUGUGAAAGGAAAUGGUGGAAGGUAUAAUGGAGGUAUGUGGGCACUUAUUUAA